GAGUAAACCCAAACCUGAAUACACCAGUAGAGAUUCUAAAUAUGUCCAAAGACCAAGACAGCGACAACCCGAUCUAGAAAAUGAAGAUAUCUUAAACUCUAACAAGAUUAUAAGCCCUGAAAACGUACUCUGUGAUCCGUUGAAGUUUCCAGACUCUUCCGUCCGAGACGAGUAUCGAAAAUCCGAAAGAAUGUAUUCGACGGGAUUUAUUGGAAAAUCAGGAUUGGGUGAUCACCGGCCCACGCUUCAGCAUGACACCAAAAUGCCCCCUCAGAAUGCUCGCGAGUUUCGUGACAAUGGAUACGACAGGGAGCCAGUAUACCUUAGAGAUAAGAAAAGGGGCAAAAGAACCAUUGUGGGCAUCAUUUUGGGAGUUCUUUUAAUCGGAGGCAUUGCAGCUGUCCUUGCCUGGUUUUUGACACAAAAGGGAGAUGAAGAGGACGCCUCUAUAAAAUAUUGUGUAGUAUUCGGUGAAAUGAGUCUAGACCAAGUAUUCUAUGAAGAACUCGCCAAUUCGUCUUCUCCAAAAUUCAAGAAUUUGAGUACAGAAUUAGGUGGCGCAGUGCCAUAUAGCCCCGUCAAACUUAAGGCAUUAUUAUAG